UGACGCCGUAACCGACAGACACAGCCGGGCGCCACGUUCCACCCUCUCUCUUAAGCGAAGCGAAGCACACCGCCGGACGGAGUCUGUGUGCGGGCGUCGUGCAGUGCGAAAGCGAUUCAUCCAAAACCCAAUGCACUUUCAUGCUUUCACCGUGCAAAAAGUUGACCACAGAAAUUAAGUAGCGUAAGGUAAAACCCAGCCGGCCCGAUACAAAAUGGUUGCCGUACAAAGCGGCCAGUAGGUCAGGCCCUCCAGGAAGCUGAUAAACGUGCAGCGUGUAUACGGGUACCGUACGGCCGUACGGUCGGGUGUGUGGGUGCGGAUUUCAGUGCGAGUGUGAGUGAGUGUGGCACAGGAUCUGCAGCAGCUACUACGUGCCUCAAUGAGAAUUUUGUUAGGAUAACUAAAACGCGCUCCGGUGUCGUCGCCGUGGUCGUCGCUCACAACAGCACUCCCGGGUUGUGUGUGUGUGUGUGGUGUGGAGUGGUGUGGAGUGGAGUGGGUGUCGUCGGUCUGUGUGUGUGUGUGUGUGUGCCGGGAAAAUAGUGAGAGCUGAGCAACGAAUAACGUAAAAUCCAUUUGCCGCAAAUUGAGGAAACACCGCGAGCAACGUGCAACAACAUGUGUAAACGCUAACGAGCGCGUAAACGUGGCAGCUCCAGCUUCAGCUCCAGCCCCAGCCCCAGCCCCAGCCCCAGCUCCACCUCCAGGGGCAGCGACAGUGACAGCACUCGUCGUCGAGUGAAAGAACAUUUUGAUUGAUUUUGAUUGACAUGCCACUCAGAGGGCGGAACACCCACCAGGCGACAGCAUCCCAGAAUUGGGGGGAAAAUAUUAAAAAAUAACACACACACAGUCCCAAUGGAACCCGUUGAACGUUGGUAAAGACAAACACUUUCCAGCAAAAAUAUUGAAAAAAAAAAAUUACUUCAAGCACUUUCCGGUACAGCCAAAAAAAAUACUGAAAUAAUUGCCCCAAGGGCUGUCAGCGAAAGUGCCACUAAAACGGGAAAGAAUUCUAUUCAGAGCCCAGAAAUAAAAUGCAAUCAAAUCAGCGCCCAUAAAAGACCAUAAAAAACAGGCACAAACGCAAAAAAAUAUAAUAAAAAUCCACACAAUCAGUCGGGCUAAUCAACUACAACAACUCUAACAACCAAAUAACAACCAACAUCAAACCAAAUAACAAACAACAAAAACAACAGAAGAAAAGAAGAGGAGAAACGCUGAGUUGGGCAACAAAAAAUUUUUUUGGUGUCCAUCAGUUAGAUUUUUUUCCAUGACCUCCUCUACAUUAUAUCAGUGUAUCGGUGUAAUAUAUAUAUACGUGUAUUUAUAUGUAUAGAUAUUCGCUUGCCUCCUGUUUGGCAUAUAAAAAAGGAUAAAAUAUUCGGGCAUUGAUUUUCCUCCAGCUAAACAGCAGCCGGAAAAAGUUGAUCGCAUCGAGGGAAAAGUUGCUCGGACAUUUUCGGUUUCUGGCGGACAUUUAAGCCGCGGAUGAUUAAAACGAUAAAAAGAUCUUCUUCAACUAUAUGCAGAGCUGAACUUUAGCAAGUGUCCCCACGGAACUGGCAUUUAGCAACAGAGAAAACAACUUCGACAACGACACGAACAGGAACAGGAACAGGAAAUGCAUUACAUUAUAAUUUCAUUAAGGACAAAAGCCUUUCUUUGCCAUCGGUGAAACAACGUUGCCAUCGGAGACAGACCCAAAAGGAAAAUAGAAAGGCAAAAAAAAGGGAAAACCCGAAAGCAGAAAGGAGAAAGGAAAAACCACAAGGCAGAAGACAGAAAGCUGCAAGAGGCGACAAUAGCGAAAGCCAUUGCCUACUUCUGGGCGCUGUCAGGGGAAAAAUCAAGAGGCUGGCAUUUUUAUGAAAUUAAUACAAAAGACAAGGAGUAUAAGGAGCAGCAGCAGCAGCAGAAGCAGCAGCAAAAGUAGAAGUGGCAGCCAUGACAAAAGUGACAAGGACAGGACAAUGAUGAGCAUCACUCUGAUUAUAAUGGCGGCCCAGCCACAAUGCGGGGCAUGCAACAGAGCGGCGGCACUCGUCGAGUAGAGACACACAGAGAGAAAGAGAGAGAGAGAGAGAGUGAGGCUGGUGGACGUGACAAGAGUCCGAUCAACAUUAUACUAAAGCAACUGCGACAUAGUGGAAAGUGCUAAUCAUAUUGGCGGAGCAACUUCCACGGCAUAAUUUGACGGGCAAACGUGACCGAGCUGUGGGGGAUAUUUUCAAAAACCCUGAAGUCUCUGGGGGAAAACGCCUACGCGACACAGAAAACACUUGAAAAAUUAAAAACAGAAAAAUACUCAAAAGAUUGAAUUUAAACAAAGAGAAAGAGACAGAAUUAGGGAAAAUGUCUGCUCCUUUUAUGGUUCUACUGCUCCUGCUGCCACUGGUGGCCGGCUGCCCGCCGGAGGUCUGUAUCUGCAAAUGGAAGGGCGGCAAGCAGACCGUGGAGUGCGGUGGCCAGCAACUGGCCAACAUUCCCGAGGGCAUGGAUCCGGGCACUCAAGUGCUAAACUUCAGCGGCAACUCCCUGCAGGUGCUCCAGUCGGAGCGUUUCCUGCGCAUGGAUCUGCUAAACCUGCAGAAGAUCUAUCUGUCCCGCAACCAGCUGAUACGCAUACACGAGAAGGCCUUUCGGGGGCUGACCAAUCUCGUGGAGCUGGACCUCAGUGAGAACGCCCUGCAGCAUGUGCCGAGCGAGACUUUCCAGGACUAUAGCUCGUUGAUGCGUCUGUCGCUGAGCGGGAACCCCAUCAGGGAGCUGAAGACCUCGGCCUUCCGUCACUUGUCCUUCUUGACCACCUUGGAGCUGUCCAACUGCCAGGUGGAACGCAUCGAGAACGAGGCCUUCGUGGGCAUGGACAAUCUCGAGUGGCUGCGUCUCGACGGCAAUCGCAUCGGCUUCAUCCAGGGCAACCACAUCCUGCCCAAGUCCCUGCACGGCAUCAGCCUCCACAGCAAUCGCUGGAACUGCGACUGCCGUCUGCUGGACGUCCACUCCUGGCUGGUCAACUACAACACUCCGUUGGCGGAGGAGCCCAAGUGCAUGGAGCCGGCCCGGCUCAAGGGGCAGGUCAUCAAGGGGCUGCAGAGGGAGCAGCUGGCCUGCCUGCCCGAGGUGAGUCCGCAGUCGAGCUACACGGAGGUGAGCGAGGGCCGCAACAUGUCCAUCACCUGCCUGGUGCGGGCCAUUCCGGAGCCGAAGGUCCUCUGGCUCUUCAACGGCCAGGUGAUGAGCAACGACAGCCUGAUGGACAACCUGCACAUGUUCUACUACAUCGACGAGAGCAUCGGCAGCAGCGGAGCCGAGGAGAAGCGCAGCGAGAUCUUCAUCUACAACGUGGGGGCCGAGGACAAUGGCACCUUCUCGUGCGUGGGCCAGAACAUAGCCGGCACCACCUUCAGCAACUACACUCUGCGGGUGAUCAUCAAGGAGCCGCCGGUGGUCAACGAGGUGUCCUUUCCGCGCGACUACAUGAACUACAUUGUGGCCAGCAGUGCGGGCGGGGGGAUCAUCUUUGUGGUUCUCCUCUGCACCAUUGUGGUCAAGUGCAAGCGCACAUCGGAGCCGGCCAAGCAGCGCAAGAAGUGCGACCAGGUGACGAGCAUAGCAGGCGGCACAGACUCCUCCACGGGCAGCACCCAGGACACGGGCAUGGGCAUGAUGAAGUGCGCCUCGAUCCUCAACGACGCAGCGGACAGCAUGUCCGGGAACGCUGGCAUGCAUCUGGGCGACACCAUGACUCCGACCAAAGCGACCAACGGAGCAGCUGGCGGCGGCAUCAUUCUGGGCGGACAAAUGAAGCAGAACCUGCUGCUGUACGCCACGCCCAAUCCCGGCCAGCAGCAGCAGCUCCAAUUGAAUGUCAAUCUGAUGGGCAGUGGCGCUGGGUCGCCGCCUCUUCUGCUGAGCAACGGGCAUGGCCUGGCGGCCGCCUACUGCUCGCCACCCGCCUCCCUGCGCAACUACCAGGAGAAGAAUCCCGAUCUGGUCAACGAUGCCGAGAGCGUGAAGCACAAGCUAAAGACAGCCGUCUCCCUGGACGGCACCGGAGACUAUGAGACGUCCAGCGAUUGCGGCCAGUACGAGGGCUGCUACCAGCUGGCCGCGGCCCAUCCCCAUCCCCACCAGCAUCCGCACGCCUAUCCCCUGAUGGGACGCUUCACACAGGCCAUGACCACGCUGCCGCGGGGCAUGCAACUCAAGUCAGUGAUGGCGGGCACACAUCAGCCAGCGCCCCACCAAGUCGAUGUCCAUUUGAAUCCGGUUUGCUUCCUGGGACAGGAUGGCUUCGCCUACGACUACAGCAGCGCCCAUUUGGUGCAGCAGACGCCCCAGCAGCAGCAGCAACAGCAGCAACAGCAGCAGCAGCACCAGCAGCAGCUGCAGCCAGCAGGACCGCAGCCUGCCGCAAACUUUUAUCGAACGCUGCCACACAAUCGGCUGCACAAACAGCAGCAGUUCCAGGGGGCAGCGGCCAACAACUCGAGUCUCCGCUACAGCCUCGAGGCGGAGUUCAUCCAGCGUGGCCCUGUCAGCUAUGAGAAGUACCAGAUGCCCAAUGUUCGAUUCACCGCCGAGGGCUAUCCACAGCAGCAGAUGCAGCUCCAUCAGCAGCAGCAGCAGCAGUUCCCCUCUCCGCCAGAGGGGUACAAGAGCGAUCUAUCGAUGCUGCCGGCUCCGUUCCAGCAGUGGCCCAGCUGUCUGCCUGGCUAUCGCUACGCCCAGUCACCCACCCAGGCAGCCAUGUCGCCCACACCACAGUCGCAAGUCCAAGCACAAGCACCACCGCCUCCGCCAUCAGCAGCAGCAGCAGCAGCAGCCACUGCAACAGCAUCGACCUCCACUGGGACUGGCACCAUUCCAGAGCUGGACGAAAGCGAGGCCAUCUCCCCGAGGCUGGAGGAAGCCGGCUCCGAAGCCGGCGCCGGCGCUGGUGCCGGUGCCGCGGCGACCCCAGAAGCGGCUGCCACAGAGGAGAGCGGUGCCAGUGGAGAUACCUCGAAACUGAAGCAGUUGAACGGUCCCCUGGCGGACAGCCCCGACGAGGGCUAUGUGGGCGAUGGCCAGGAGACGAGCGACAUCUGACAAGGCCCCCCAAACGGGGGCCCGUCGCAAGCUGAUGCUGCCUUAGACGAUUCAGUUGCUCUGUAAAUAGGCACGCUGAUCAGAUAUACUUACACACAUAUAUACAUACACAUAUACAUACAUAUAUACCUAAAACCCUCCUCAAGACUUGGUUUACUCUUCAGUUAUUUCCAACAGUGGGUUCUGUUGUGUUUUUCCGGGCUCUUCCUUUCCUGUUUGUCGACUCACUUGGCCAACAAACCCGCAAAAGAAGCAAACAAAAGAAGCAGACCCAAGUUUAACCUAAUAAUUGGCACAGCUAGAAAUGCGAAGCCAAGUAAAGAAAACUCGAAACUGAGGCUAACCGAUGGCUGAAUACUCAGGCAAACAUGAAUUUUCAAUUUCCCACAAUUCGCUGUGACCGUAAAAGUGUUUUGUCCAUUUGAUGGAGCAAAAGUUCAAAUUUCUAUUGAAUUUUCAAUAUGAAAUGGAUAAAUUUUAAACCAUUUGAUACUGGCUGGCUGGCUGGCUGGCUGGCUGGCUGGCGGUGGAUUCAGUGGCAGUCGAGUGGCAUUCAUUGGAACCCCCAGAUUAGGUUAGAGUAUAGAACAAUGGCCCAGUGGAGGGGCCUAACCUAAUAAAGCCGAAAAACAAAGACGAGCCGCUAAACAAAAGGCUCUUGUCGCCGUUUGUUUGUUUCUGUUUGCCGCCUGCCGGCUGCGUGCUCCGUGCCUCGAGUGCCAGCCUGGCAGCGUUUUAUUUCCGCUGAUGUAAUUGAAAAAGUUUUUCAUUUAAUAUAAAGUUUUCAGCGUCUUUCCCUGCUCCGCCUGGCCACUGCCUACACAAGCCAUAUAAAGAACAGCAAAAGUGGUGGAAAAACCCAAAGAGACGCAACACAGAGGAUGGAGUUGGAGGAAUGCCUGGAAAGAAAUACAGGGCCUACGACUAGACAUGUGAGUGUUUGUGGGUCUGUUGGCUUGUCGAUUGAGUUGUUCAUCCUCCAUCUCUUGCUCCGGCUCUCGUUGACAAUUGACUCACCAAGAGUCCUACACAAUUCUGCCAACCCGUACAAUGGCCUCCCAUUGCGAUGGCAGCUCUCAGUCGGUGGCACACUUCAGAGCCAAGUGGCAUGUGUUUUCACCAUGGCGACACCUGCUCUGUGACACAAAGGACUUGAGCCCCGGCUCCAGCUCCGUCUCCGUCUCCAGCUGUGGCUCCACCUUCGGCUCUGAGCCCACCGGCUCGAGUGGGGGCGCCCAGGAAGUCCGAGCAUGCUUUGGGGCAAGUGGAGUGUUCCGCCCCGAAAAUCGCGGGUGGCAUUAAGGGUUUACCCUUUGUAGUGUGCUCUAGUUUAUGAAAUUUUAAUUUGGGCCACAUCCGCCCCAAUGUUGCAUUUAAAUAAUUUAUGACAUUUAUUUUCUACUAAGCAAAGACUUGAGAAACUUUUCUCCCGUAUCCCACACACACA